ACCAUGGCAGUGACGUGGCAGUGACGUGUAUGAGUACCGUGAAAGAGUAUCGUGAGGCUAGUGAUUAGAUCUCGAUAACGCGGCGCUUUACGAAAACAAUACGAAACAAUACGAAUACAUCAGAUCAGUGAUCGUGCGGCUUCUGAUGUUCGCCGGACUGUGUGGCCGUCAGCACGAUAAACCUCUCGAUCCGUACAAUGGAUAAUCCGACCUACGGUUCCGCGCACAUGUCCUCACCCGCGCUCGUAGUGUUCUCGCAAGCGACGAACGGAUUAAGCGACGCAUUGCGCAUCCAGAGGCCAUUUCAUUCGCAACUCCCGGACGCCAAGGAUCUCCAUCAUCUAUCGCUGAUGAGUGGGUACGGGGCGCACCUCCUGCAUGGCUUUCAGCCACACUUCCUGCACCCACUGAACCCGGCCGUCUCGACCGCCAGCGGUACCAGCCCGUUCGGUGGUGGCGGUGCCUUCGUCAAGCCCUUUCCCUCCAACCUGCCCCUACCGUCGGCCUUUGCACCGCCCAAAUGUCUCGGUUUCGGCAUCGAUCAAAACAUCUUCUCCAAGGGUCUGCUGUUCGGUUCGUCGGGUGGCUCGGGUUCCGAAUCCUUCCGGACGGACUCGUCCAGCCCGGCGUGCACCUCGCUGUCACCGCCCGCCAAGGACGAAUCGAUGGAGGGCCAAACGAGCGAGGAAGGCGAUCGGGAUCGGGAUCGCAUCUGCAGCCCACCGGAGCGGAGUCCCGAGACGCCGGGCUUUAGACGUAUUGGGCCACCGAAGAAAUCGUUCGUCGGUACACCGCCACCAAACGGGUGCCCGAUCUGUGGCGUGCAGCUCUCACCAAGUGACCUGGAGACCCACUUCUCCGCGGAGCUGACGCGGCUCACCAAGAUGACGUCGCACGCCGAGCGGAUCGAGCUGCGGAGAACGCUCAGCGUCGAUAUGCACACGGUCCAGAACAACCUGCAGGGCCGGACGAGCCGCUGGGAGACGUUCAAGAACAUUCGCAACAAACGUCAGGAUCGGUUGCGUGGAAAGCUACGGAAGCGGAAGUUUGACGGUGAGGAUGGAUUCGGGAUGCAGCUGACCAACAUCAACUGCCAAUCGUGCCCGGUAUGUCAUGGAAGGUUACAGCGGACCCAGGAAGAGAUUGCGCAGCACAUCGAGGAGUGCGUCCGAAAGCAACAGCAUCAGCAUCAACAUCAGCAGGCGCAACAAACUCAGCAGGCGCAGCAAGCGCAGCAAGCGCAGCAACAACAGCAACAGCAGCAGUCACCAGCGGGCCAGAUGCAUCCAGGACAUCAUCACCAUCACCAUCCGCAUCAUCAUCAUCAUCAUCCCCAUCAGCAGUCGGCAGCGUCCGGUGGUCCACCACAUCCCCAACCACCGCCAUCGUCCCAUCCACCAUCUUCGGGGCACGCAUCGCCUCAGGAUGAAGAUGAAACCGUGGACGUCGAGAGCUACGGUGACGAAACGUCAAACGGUGCCAUCAACAUGUCCUCGAACGUGAUCCACCAUACCAGUGUGGCGACCGGUGGCGGUGCCGGUAGUAUGCUCCACCAUCACACCAACAAUACCAGCAACAACAACCAUAACAACAACAACAACAACAUCAUCAAACCGGAUACGAUGAAUAACUCCGGGAAGCAUCCGCUGGAGGAGAGUGCCAUCACUUCGCUCAGUUCGAUCGUACCACACUGGGACCGGGCCAAGGGUCGUCUCGGUAUGCCGCUCGGUUGUAAACCCACGAUGGAAGAUCCGCGACCUUGGGCGACCGGACUAAAGCCAAGGUUAUUGGCAGGAUUCGAGGGAGCUUCGGUGACGGGUCCACCGACAGGAGUUCCACCGCCCGCGAGUGCUGCCGAUCAUUCGAUCACGCGCGUCACACCAACCAGCAGCGAUCAGCGGAUCGACGUGGAUUACGAUCCGGAACAUGGCGAUCACAGCCAGGACAUGGUGACGGAUAACGAUGAGGAAGUGAUUGUCGAUAAUACCGACGAUGAGGAGUGCGUAAAGCGACCAGCACCAGCACCGCGGCCGAGCCAACUGACGCAACUGAACGGGCAUGGACCAUCGAUGGUGGCGUCGAUUGCGAACGGACAUGCCGGUACGCAGUCAUCACCGAGGGAAGACAAGAACAGCACGGAAGAGGCGACCUCGUCCGUCGAGAUUGAUUCGGUGACGGAUUCGAUGGCAUCGCGUACGGCCGGUACGACGCCCAACUCCGAUUCGUACGUCAGUACGUCCGAGUCGGCGGAACCGUCCUCGAAGGCGCAGGUACUUGAAGAGCUUAAGGCCCGAAUACGGGAGCUGGAGGGAUCACCGCACUACAAGUGUUUCAUAUGUAAGGAAAAAUGUAAAACAUUAAUCAUAUCGAAAAUCUGUGGACACUAUCUGUGCGAGGAGUGUUGGGUGACGGAAUCGGACUCGUCUAAAUCUUGCCCUCGCUGCAAGAUCAUCACAGCGAACUCAGAUUUUAGGAAAAUUCAUGCUUAAACCUUCCUCCCCUCUCGACCCUGUUCGGCGCUAUUAGAAUGUUUAUUUAUUAGAUAACGUUAGCGUAUUUAUUAUUAUCUUUAUUAAAACAAUAUUUCCUUUCCCGACUGCUUAUUGGCUGAUCUGAGUUUGCACGCGUCGAAGUGCCGAUAGCCGAGCUGCUGCUCUCGAGUGCAAAUGAAGAGCGAAACAACCCCAAAACAUCGAAUAAAACAGCAGAUUUGCGAAACACGAAAGUCGACUCAUGCAUGUGGCCGAGCCGAGUUGUUGGUGGCCAUAACCGAAACCGAACCAAAUUCGGCCGCUUCUCGGGCGGAGAAGCGAAAAUCGUACCAAAAUGUCAAUCAUUCUUUGUAAAAAAAAACAAUACACUAAAGUCAAUCCCUCACCCUCCUCCCUUUUACCGUGAAGAAAAGGCAGACAGCAGUAGGUGAAGAGAUGGGUCAAGUGUUAGUAUCUGAAGAAGAUGAAGAAGAAGAAAAAGAAGAAGGUUUGAAGACGUUACGUGCAAUAAGUGUUUUCCCGCCCCGCCCCGCCUCAACCCUUAUCCCUGGCCCUCCUUAUCCACUCGACUUACGAAUGCGAAUGAAGAUGCAAAAUGGCAAUGCUGUAGGAGGAAACGAAAAACGAAGCC